UGUAAAUGACAGUUUCAAAUAUGUUUACGACUAGUGCUAUAAGUACAAAAAAAAUUAUAUAAAAACUAAAAAUAUAAAAGAAAUCCAAAACGGAAAUCAAAAUUCAUUUAGUUAAAUGGCGUGCAGGGAGCAGCCACAGUUAACUGCCACUGUCGUUCAAACACUAAUUGGCGAUUUGGUUCAGGAAGCUGUAGUAGAUGAUCAACAUCAUCAUCAUCAUCAUGUGAAACUAUCCUCUGAUUCUGAGACCUGCCAGCGACUUUUCGAUAUAUUGGGCUAUCAGCCAUGCUCGGAAAGUGAUGAAACUGAGGAUUUUGUUAAUGAUAAUGAGGACAACAUCGAGGUGAUUAUCUCGUCUAGUCAGUGUACAUUAUACAAUAGUCCCAAAGAAACAGAAAAAUAUCAUCGCAAUUGGCACAAUUGGCUUAUCGAUGCCGUAAAUGAUGAAUCUUCUGAAGAUGAAUUCGUGCGGUGUGCAAAUCGAAGGAACUUAGUUGUGCCUAAACUUCAUUCAGUAGCUGUGCAGACUGAGCAACCACGCCUACGCAGACAAGAUCAAUUGAUGGGAGAGCCCUUAAUACCAUUGGCACCCUGUGAGCUGACACGUCAAACGAUAUUUAUCGAUGCCCUCUCCUCACCGGGACCGCAUGUUGUAGGUCGUGCACCGCUAGCCGAUCGAUUUUGCUAUAUGUUAACCGAUUUUGCAUCUGCGCUCUACUGCAGCCUUGCCAUCAUGUGUUGCUGCACCCCAAACAUGUUUCGAUAAACCACCUAGAUAUGACCUUAUUUUGGCCUUUAUUUUAUAUGUUUUUUUUUUAAAUAUAUAAUAUAAUAAUA